GGCCCCGCCCCCGCCGCGCCUGGCCGAGGCGAGCGGAGCCGCGGGCGCUGCGGGCGGACAAGAUGGCGGCGCCGGGCGAGUACUUCAGCGUGGGCAGCCAGGUGUCCUGCCGCACCUGCCAGGAGCAGCGCCUCCAGGGCGAGGUCGUCGCCUUCGACUACCCCAGCAAGAUGCUGGCGCUCAAAUGCCCCUCUUCCAGUGGCAAGCCCAACCACGCAGACAUCCUGCUCGUAAACUUACAGUACGUGUCAGAAGUGGAAAUAAUCAAUGACCGCACGGAAACGCCUCCCCCUUUAGCCUCCCUCAACGUCAGCAAGCUUGCCAACAAAGCACGGACGGAGAAGGAGGAGAAGAUGAGCCAGGCGUAUGCAAUUAGUGCUGGUGUCUCUCUGGAGGGGCAGCAGCUCUUCCAGACCAUCCAUAAGACCAUUAAGGACUGUAAAUGGCAGGAGAAGAACAUAGUUGUGAUGGAAGAAGUCGUCAUUGCCCCUCCGUACCAGGUGGAGAACUGUAAAGGCAAAGAGGGGAGCGCCCUGAGCCACGUACGCAAAAUAGUGGAGAAACACUUCCGGGACGUGGAAAGCCAGAAGGUCCUGCAGCGUUCACAAGCACAGCAGACACAGAAGGACACGUCCCUGUCAUCCUGAGGCCACCUGGGGGCCACCACCCCGUCCCCACGUCCCCUCCCCGGAGGCGGCGCCGGGGGCACCUUCAACUUUUAUUUCCUUUUUUUUUUUUUUUUUUUUUUUUUUUUUUGGGGAA